AUGGCCUCCCAACCACUCACACCUCACGACCUCUCCAUCCUCGAGAAGAUCAAGGAUCCGGAAGCCAGCUCACCACCCCGCCUCCUCCUGGACGACAGCCUCGCCCGGGACCCCAACAUCCCCGACCCCAGCCUCUACAGCCAGCUCACGACCCGCGAGCACACCAUCCUCUCCUCGCUCCAGCAGGCAGAGCUCCAGAUCGCCGGGCUCGAGCCCGCAUCCCCAGACCCAGACUCCCCGCUGCAGCAGUACCGAGCAAGCGUCCGCCAUCUCGGCGCCCUCAUCGCCACCCACCCCAACUACGCGAGCGCGCGCAACAACCGGGCCCAGGCGCUACGUCGCCUCUACGGAAACCUCCUCCUCGUGCGCUCCUUCUCCGCUUCCGCCUCGCCCUCGCCCUCGCCCUCCUGCCUCUCAGCACCAGGAACCCCGCCGCCGGCCGACCGCAGAGCGGCGGCCUCGCCACCCGCGCUGGACCCCGCCCCCUCCGAAGCCACCUUACUCUCAGCCUCGGCAACGGUCCUCUCCGACCUCGACACGGCCAUCGCCCUCCUCGCCCCGCGGACGCCCGCCACGCCGCUGUCGCCGCAGGCAGCCAGGACGCUCGCGCAGGCCUACACGCAGCGCGGCGCCCUGUACCACUUCACCGCGAAGGCGCUGUCUGCUGCUGCUGCUACCCCCCCGGACCGCGCCGAGUUGAGGAUCCCGGCGGGCAGGAGGGAGAGCCGGUGGGGGCCGGUCGAGUUCGAGGAGGCGGCGAGCAGCGACUUCGUGCUGGGCGGGCGCUGCGGGAGUGAGGUGGCGAAGGCGUUGGCCGUGGCGGCGAAUCCGACGGCGAAGCUGUGUGGGGAGAUUGUGAGAGGGGCGAUGAGGAAGGAGUUUGCUGGUACUGGUGCUGGUGCUGGUGCUGGUGCUAGUGAGAAAAAGUAA